GUAUGGCGGACGAAUCGGCGGUGGACUGCUUGUUCGACCGGCUCCGCCUGCACCAGCAACGCGCCCCGGACUCCGUGGAGGUGGCCCGAGCCAUCACCGCGCGGAUCAACGCCAGGCUCACCUCACACGAUAAACAUGUCCGCCAAAGUACACUUGACAAGCUAUGGAACAAGCAGUCUGGGGCCAUGCAGAUGUUACUAUCUAUAUUGGAAAAUUCAAGAGACACAGCGACUUCAACCUAUAUAACAUCAAUAUUGAGAGAAGCACUAUGUCUAAAACAAAGCAAAGGCAAAAAAACUUCAGUCCCCAUUGAAGUGCCGUCAAGCAAGAAGAAAGAAAUCAAAAAGGCAGGAAAAGAAAAUAUAUCACCUCUAAAUAAAAAGGCUAACAACCUCGCCCGACAGCAAUGCAUGCAAGACUGUAUAGCAAUUAAAGGAACUCAAAUAAUUAUAAAGAAGGUGAUAUCGACCAUGCAUGACAAACGUGAUCGCCACGCUGGGACAGAAUUAGUAUUGCAAGAUCUCAUCUGGAUUUUGGCUCCGCUUAGCUCUCGAGAUCCAAAAUUUGCCAUGAAAAUAAGGAUGCUUGGAUGUGUUAGAACAAUGCAUCUUAUACUAAAAGGGCACUUUACCGAUAACAAGCUUAUUUUUCCACUGUUAGUUAUCGUGAAACAACUCGCAAAAAAUGUUGUCACGACAUCUAUUUUGAUUCGAGACGGGGUAAUAGCGACAUAUGAGCGAGUACUUGCAAGCUUGGGUUUCAUUCCCACUGCCAGGCUCCGGCUGUGCCUCGAUGCUGUCGAUUACUUCAGCAAAAAUAAGGUGUGCUGCAUGCAGAUCGUGAAGACAGGGCUGUGUACUGUGCUGCUCCGGGUGUUCGACCGCUGGGACCGCUACGAGGGGCGCAUGAGGCUCAAGAUAUGCGCCCACAUUUUGCAGACUUUGCAGCACCUUUGCAAUAUAAAAGCUGGGAGAAGAGCUUUGUGCACCAAGAAACAUGUUCAGACGUUACACCGGUUUUGCUCUCAGUGUCCAGAUGAACCUGAAUUCGAUGGUUUACUAGCACGUGUAUGUUCGGUUAUCACGCUAUGUCUCAAACAUCAAGCUCUCCCGGUCCCAAUAUCUAGCCCUGCCUCUUUCAACCUUGGCCCAAUGUUAAAAGGUACAAAUGCAUCGUGGCCAUGUCAUGAAGAUGAAGAAGAUGGGGCUAAUUUUGAUGCAAAGACUGUUAAUUCUGAUCUUGAUGAUGAUGAUGAUGAUGGUCCUGACACAGAUGUUGAGGUUGAUGAGUUUCCUGACAUGGAAUUUGAAGAAAAUGAACUUAAAACAGAAGCGAAUGAUGAUGACAAGAUUCAAAUGAAAAGUGGCGAUAGUAUACAAAGUGCACUUUGGAUAAAUCCUAAUGAGAGAGAUAUAGAAGACUUAAAAAAAUAUUUUAUUUACUUCAAAGAGUUUGGAUCUUAUAAUAAACAAGUUAGACUAGUCAAAAGUCGAUCUAAUUCUCGUGGAUCGAUUUUAGAAGAUUUUCUUGUAUCUCAGCAGGGGGUUUCAACUCGAAACGGACCAUCAUUUCUUAACCUUUCUCUUACUGCAGCUUUAGGAAAUACAGACUAUGACAACUUUAGCUCUCCAACUCCUUCAUUUCAACAAGGUCAAAAUUAUCAUACUCAGAAAGUCCACGAAAGUACCUCUACAACCUCAUGUUCUUCUCUGAAAAUUCACAAGGAUAUCUCAAAAUAUAGCUCCUUUGCGAGUGUAUAUUGCACAAUAUCAUCCAGAGUUAAGAGCGUGGUACCUUUCGUAAAAGUAGCCUACCCUGAUAUGAUGGGUGGACAAAGCGCAAAUCUGCCUGAGCCCUUGAACAAAAUGGAACGCUCGGCGUGUAGGUCAAAACUACUUUCCUGCGUAGACAGAGCAAUUAAUCCGGAAGCAUAUAUGAAUGAAGUUGUUUACGAUUUAGAUCAGAUCUGCGGCCCAACAGCAAAUCCCGAAACUUUAUCACAAAAAAGUUAUGAGAAUGUGGCGUUACUGACAAAUACUGAUGAGCAAGAAAUUACAAAACUCAAUACAUUUUCUUCAAGACUGAAUUUUGAAUCCAGAUUUGAAUCUGGGAACCUCAGGAAGGCUAUUCAGAUAGGCCCCAGAGAAUACGAGCUGAUUUUAAUGCCUGACGUCAACUCCACGAAGAGACACCAGUGGUUCUACUUCGAAGUACGGAACAUGCAGCAAGGACGCCCGUAUACUUUUAAUAUCGUCAAUUGUGAAAAGUCUGACAGCCAGUUCAAUUUUGGCAUGAAACCAGUUAUGUACUCCGUAAGGGAAGCUGUUAGUGGAAGACCAGGGUGGGUUCGAGCCGGUUCGGACAUCUGCUACUACCGCAACAGCUACCACUAUGCGAACCAGAAGAACCACAACAAGUGCUAUCUCACGGUUACCUUCAAUAUCGAGUUUCCUCACACCAACGAUGUUUGCUACAUCGCCUACCACUUCCCUUAUACUUAUUCUAUGAUGAUGGCAAAAAUUUGGCAUUGGAGCUUGCAGAUGCCAGCCGGCGCCUACCUUCGCGCGGAGCCACUCUGCUACUCACUCAACAGUAACGAAGUGCCUCUACUUACAAUAUCUUCCGAAGAUACCCCCUCUAGUCCUAUAGCAGAUAGAGAAAUAAUAUUCCUUACGUCUCGGGUACACCCCGGGGAAAGCAACGCGUCGUGGGUGAUGGACGGGACGCUCGGGUACCUCCUAGGGGACACCAGUGCCGCGGCUGCACUCCGGACGAAGUACGUGUUCAAGAUCGUGCCCAUGCUCAAUGUAGAAGGCGUCAUUAAUGGCUGCCAUCGCUGCGGCCUGACUAAUGAAGAUCUAAACAGACGUUGGUGUAAACCGAAUCCAGUUUUGCAUCCUUCUAUUUAUCACACGAAGGGCCUCAUAGAAUAUCUGGUGCGUGUCUGGAAGAAACCGCCUCUAGUAUAUUGUGACUAUCAUGGGCAUUCUCGCAAGAAAAAUGUGUUCUUCUACGGCUGUGCCGCCGCGGAAAGUUGGUGCAGCAACGAUCGGCUUGUGCAAGAUGAGCCUGUCAAGUAUUUGAUGCUGCCCGCAUUGAUGCACCGGAUAUCUCCCGCAUUUGCCCUGGGUUCCUGUUCGUUCCGGGUGGAGCGCGAACGGGAGAGCACUGCCAGGGUGACGGUGUGGCGACACCUCGGCGUCACCAGGUCUUACACCAUGGAAGCCUCCUUCUGCGGAUUCGAUCGAGGACCCUUUAAGGGUUUCCACUUGAACACUCAACAUCUGCAAAGCGUGGGCAGUGACUUCUGCGAGGCCCUCAACGGCCUGAACGAGACGGCGACCAACGUCGACAUACAGCUCACUAAAGACCUUAACGGAAAUAUCGUUGAGAUAAACUUGAAUGGCGCUGGAGUUAACAGGCAAGUAGAGGCACUGAAGGCAUGUUUUUGUGUAUGUCACGUCCGUAAUGUUAUAUUAUUUUUUUUACUAAUCCCGAUCCCAUCCUAAAAAAUUAAAUUUGCCAGCAAGUAAAUUUAAACUAAUACUAACCGUUCCAUAGUUCUUAUUAUAAAUAAUUUAAGACUAUAUAUGCAUAAAUGUACUGAACUGACAAAGAUAUUUUUUGAUAAGUUUGGCUCUCGAAUAUCCAAAAUAUGUAGAUACAUAAACAUAUUGAAGAAUGCGGAUCCGUAGUCUAAGAUAUUUACUAUCGCGUUAAUAAGCAUGUAUGCAAAAAUGAUUACUGUGUUAGGUACUCCCCAUACUGGUUUCUCGUUUCCAACGCUCGUAUGUAUGACAUAACCACAGAAACGUGUUCCCGCGCUAAUGUCUUAUUAGAUUCCGUAUUAAUUGUUCCUAAUCUGCAGACUAAUGUGUGCCGUUAGAUACAUUUGUAUGUGCAUAUGAUAACAUGUCCCGCUAGCAUGUGUGACCCCUAAUAAUUUUUGUAACGUUUUAUAAGAUUGUGUGGCAUGUCAUAAAUUUUGUACGAUUGACCAUUAUAAUAAAGAGUAGGUCAUAGGAGUCAGAUUAAGACUCAAAAGGAGUCAGUUUAAUGUGUUAUUUGGAAAUAAGUAACUAGUUACAUAAUUAUACUAGAAAAAAAUCUACCCGACCCGACAUCCCUAGACAAAAUAUCAUGGCGGAGAAACAUUAAGAGAACCGACUCUACGUGACGUUGGUAAUAGCAAAGAGGAAGAAGAUACAUAAUAAUACUAAAAAAAAUUCUAAAUGCGAACCUACAUACAGGAACAACGUGCGAUAAAAGAGCGAUGAUCGAUUAUCCGUUCGAUUAGGAUUUCGCGAUUCAUUCUCUGCGAAAACGCGUCUCAUUCCCAGCGCGUUCUAUUCUAAUGUCAAUUCAUUCAAUUCAUCGCUAUUAUUUU